AUGCGUCCCGGCGUAAUUUUCGUUGCCUUCUCUCGGUCUGGUUCGCCGAGACGCACACGGCCUCCACGCUUCACCGGACUGCCGUAUUUAUACCCGACGCCGUACGUCGAUGCUGGCGUGCAAGUCGCGGUCGUUAGGCUGACCGUCCCGGUGGGUCUCCGGUCCGGUCUGCGCAACCAGUACACUUCACACCGCAGGCGACGCGGGCGGCGCGGGCGGCGGCGAGCGGGUUCGCUGCUGUCCCCAUCGAGCCCGCCCGCCGGAAGGCGUGGCGACUGGCGCCGCGCGCGCCCUCGCACCACCGCCUCGCGCAGCGAGCUCAACGCGCCUCCGGAGCGCAGCCGCAGCCUCGAGAACCCAAAGACGACGUCGUCGUCGCGCCUCGCGCACGACGAGAAUCCUCAACCGUCCCGAGACGACGCUCGCCGCCGCCGGCCACGGCGACGGCCGGCUCACGGCGCACAGCGGCCCCGCGGCGCCCGCGCUCUCCCCGCGGCCCCGGCGCCCCAAGCUGUCGGCGGAGUUCGCGCCCUACGAGUCCAUCAUCGAGGUGAACGUCACGUGGAGUGCGAAGCGCCGCCCGCGUCGGGGCUGCCGGCGCCGGAGAAGCAGCUGGGGCUGCCGUCGUCGCCGGGGGCGGUGGCGCGCAAGGCCAAGCAGCGGCGCCAGGCAGCGGCUGCGGCAGCGGCGGCGGCGUCGUCGUCGUCCGCGUCGGCGCCCGCGCACCGCUUCGCGCGGCGCCGCCACCAGAGCUCGCCCGUGGACGGGGAGCCCGCGGCGCGGCCGCAGCUGUCGGCCUCCUCCAUCUCGCUGAGCCCGCACCAGCUGUCGGGCGACUACGCGGACGACGUCUUCGACGACAUCCCGCCGCCGCCGCCCCCGCCGUGCUGCAACCCGCGCAACGGCACCACCGCCGACGGCAACUCGCCGCUGGAGCGCCUUGAGCGCGAGGAGCUGGUGGCGCUGUGGCGCAGCUCCGAGUCGGAGCUGCGCAGCCACCUGCUCAAGGCCAUCCGCGCCAAGGAGGUGACGGACCCGCCGUGA